GUCCAUGUUGAGGUUCUUCAUAAGGCGGGGAUCCGGCCUGCAUCCCAGUCUGUUUUUAUGCUGCUUACUUCUGCCGACCAGGUCAGAACUGAAACUUGAGGCUUUGAGGCUUCGAUGCUGGGGGCUGUUCGGCUGGUCUGGUGGUUGACCUGAUUUCUUCUUGUCAUUGCUCACCUAUCCUGCCCUACUUUACCCAACCGAUUCUACGGGCGUUUACUUUGACGGAUUAUCAAAAUGUUGAUGCUCUUCUUCCCCCGUGACGACUAUGCCACGCCCCAAACGGCAGACCAAGCGCCAGACAACCAGGGUUCUAGCAGCAAGACCACAUCCAUUAUCAUCGGCGUUGUGGUCGGUGGUGUUGCCGCCAUUGCUAUAACAGCAGGAAUCAUGUUCUUCUUCAUCAAGAAGCGCAAAUGGGACAAGAUCCGCCAGUGCGAGGAGCGCCUAAUCGACUAUCAACUCGCAACAGGACACUCGUCGAAGCUUCACUCGCGCUCUGUCACGCCGGAAGACCACCAGCAGUACUUGAACAUGUUGGCUGCACAGCAACAACAACAGUCGUCGACGACAACAACUGCGUAUCCGUAUUCACCCGCAAACGUCUUGUCGGAUCCCAUGAACGCCACAGCGGGACAGCAAGGGACAGGAACCGUGACGGGACACAGAGCAAGAGGAAUGUCGGCACCUGCAUCGACGACACUAGGUCAAGCUCUCAGCCAAGGUCAAGGUCCCAGCCCCGAAGCACCGCCGCCCACGUACCAGUCCCUUCACUCUCGCUACGAUCCAUCGCGCUACUCACAGAUGAGCACGCGGUUUUCCUCGUCGUUUGACUUUCCAAGAUCGAGUACGAGUACGAAUGGGAAAUCGAUACCAGGCGUCUUGCCAGGCCACGGGCAUGGUCAGAGCUCGAGCUUGAGCUUUAGUCCUCCGGAGAGUUCGACGUGGUAUCAGCAACAGCAGCAACAGCAAGGGUAUGCACAGUAUCCGCAGUAUCAACCAGCGCCGGCUGGAUCGGAGGGUCAAUGGCCGUUAGCUUCGACGGGGAUGACGACGACGACAACCACGGCGGCAUCAGGGACAGCGUCGGGGUCGCGAUCGGGGUCAAGCUCGGGGUCGAGGUCAAAUGCUCGGUCGAAUACACGCUUUGGAAGGAGGUCGGCUUCGGAGUCUGGUAUAGAUGGUGGCGAAACGACACGCGGCCCUCGACGCCCACGGCCGGUUUUGUCACGACUGGUCACGAACUUUGGAUAGCCUGGUCGACAGCGCCUCGUCUUACCUCCGUCGGCACGAGUCAAGCGGAAGCAUGGCAUGGCAUAAUUGUCGGUUUCUUUUCCUUAUUUCCUUACUUCAGCGUUGCGUUCUCUUGGUGUUGGAGUUGGUCGGACAACGAGUCGGCGUUAUUUGGAUACAUUUCUGGCUGCUAUACCCGCUAUGUUGGUAGUGAUUAUUGUUAGCCUUUCUUCCUCCUUGCUUAGUCGAGAACCAAGUCGCCUAUCUGGAUAGGGUAGGGUAGGGGUAGAGUAGGGUU